AUGUAUAAUAAUUCAAGAGAUCCACCCAAUAGAAUUCUUCUUCUAAUUCUAAAUUAAUUACCUUCAUCUUUACCUUUGGACAAUUAAUUUAUCCACCAAAAAUUCAAUUAGUUUGGAGACAUUAAUAAGAUUCUUAUAUUUGAAAGAGGAAAAACAAAUAAAGCCUUUGUUGAAUUUCAUGAGUUGAAAAGUGCAAUUUAAGCUAGAAGAUAAUUAAAUGGUUUUAAUAUCUAAGGAGGAAAGUAAUUAGAUUUUAGUAAUUGUAUUAGAAUGAUUAUCCAUUUUUCUCGACUUAAAAAUCUUAAUCUCGAAAUAGUGGAUAAUUCAAGGGGAACUGAUUAUACAUAGGCUAGUAGUACAAGUUAGAAUUCUGAUUCUAUCCUUAACUCAAGAACGGACGAAAAUAUUUAGCUUGAUUUAACUAAUCAUAUUAGUUAAACAUAAUCACCAAGAGCCAAUUCUAGCCCUAUUAGAAAUGAAUAAAUCACUCGUUUAUUAGAAUCAGAUGAUGAAGAUGAUCUAACCAUCUGGAAAUAAGCGAUUCCUUAGAAUAUCUCAGAAUUUCAUCCAGAUAUAUAAAAAUUACUUCAAUAAAGAUAAUCAAGAUUACUAAGAAUCAUAAACUUUGAUUAAAAAAUUAUAGCCAAAAUGAUUUAUAAUGUCUUUUCUAAAUUUGGUAAUAUAGAAGAAAUUCUUUAUGAAAAAUCCUCAUUAACAGCCUUCAUUAAAUAUUAAACAGUAAAUUAAGCAAUAAUUGCAAAAGAAUAUCUCAAUAAUAUUUAAUUUUUUGAUUCAUAAGUAAUUAUACUACAUUAAUAAUUUAGAUACGUAUUUUUUUUGAACCUCUCUAAUACCUCUAACCCACUUCUUUUUAAGACGAGUAUAUGAUUUAUUAUCAUGAAAGUCAAUAAUAUAACUGUAGUCCACUCUCUACAAAUCUCUUGAUCACAGGUGUUUAAGAUUCUUCUGAAAUCUCUGAGCAAAUCUAAAUGUUUGCCAAACCUAAAGGUAUUCUACAAUCUAUAAUUAAAUAGAAAUCAAAAUAGGAUUAAAUAGUAUUCAUUUGACAAUGUUUUCUAAAGCAGAUGCACUCAAAAUUAUAGCUGUAUUUUCUGAUUUUGAAUUUGAAAAUUAGAAAAUAAAUAUCAUUCUUAAAUAAUGA